ACCGCCGGCCGGGGCCCCGCAUGCUCCCCCAGAGCUGGCUGUCCGCACCCUCUCCUGUCCGCCCCUGUGCCCAGCCCGGGCCCGGCCGCCUGCCCGUGGAUGAGCCACAGGACUUCCUCCACCUUCAGAGCGGAGAGAAGCUUCCAUUCCUCCUCUUCUUCCUCGUCCUCCUCGUCCUCCUCGGCCUCCCACACCCUCCCGGCCCAGGACCCACCCAUGGAGAAGGCCUUGAGCAUGUUUUCCGAGGAUUUUGGCAGCUUCAUGCGGCCCCACUCAGAGCCCCUGGCCUUUCCAGCCCGCACCGGGGGGCCUGGCAACAUCAAGACCCUGGGCGAUGCCUACGAGUUUGCAGUGGACGUGAGUGACUUCUCACCUGAAGACAUCAUUGUCACCACCUCCAACAACCACAUUGAGGUGCGAGCUGAGAAGCUGGCAGCUGACGGCACCGUCAUGAACACCUUUGCUCACAAGUGCCAAUUGCCAGAGGAUGUGGACCCCACAUCAGUGACCUCGGCCCUGCGGGAGGACGGCAGCCUCACCAUCCGGGCCCGGCGCCAACCACACACGGAGCACGUCCAGCAGACCUUCCGGACGGAGAUCAAAAUCUGAGGGCCCUCCCCUCCCCGGCCCUGCCCCCACCGCCCUCUCCUCUCCCCCACAGGUCUGCUGGAGAGGCUUUCCUGCCCUCCUUGUGACAGCUUCCGGGACAUCUCAGCCUGGGUUCCAGGCCCUGACACCCCCACCCCCGCAGACCCCAGGUGGGUCAUUCCCCCCACAUGAAGCCCUCUGCUCCACCCGGGGCAGGCCAGGGACCCUCUUGCCUCACCUGUGGCCUCUGGAUUCCAGAUGUGGCCUCUUUCACUUAAUCCAGAAUAAAGGAAUUGGGAUGGAGAAUGGGAGAUGCCAAAAAAGCCACUUUGGGGACGGGGGCUUGGGAUAGGCAGGCUCUCUGGGCAUUUAAUCUGCAGGACAGACAGAGUCUUUGAUCUGUGGAAUCUCUGCAGGGCAGGGGCGGGGAGAUGAUGGGGCCUGGGACCCCCUCCUUGGUCAAGGGGAUCAGGAGAGGCAGAUUCAGUUUUCUUUCUAAACUGAACUGCCAUGGAGACACCAGGAGACAGCAGGAUGGUCAGCUCUCCUCAGCCGCUCUACCAGCCCCGACCCAGCUGCCAGGCUGCCUGCCCACAAGGUGCCCCCUCCAGCCGGCUGUGCCAGGGCAGGGCCACGUUGUGUCUGUGUAUAGAUGGGGUUUUUCCAAUACAGCUGGUUCGUGAUAAA